UAGAGGAAGAAUUUUAAUCACAAGGAAAGGAUUUUAGUUUCCAUAAGUUUUGAAAUGGUCUAGAAUUAAAAAGAAAAAAAGUGAAAGAGGAAGGAAGGCAGAAAUGGACCGUGCAGAAUAAAUAACUGAAGCCUAGCCUUUUAAAAACCUGAGGACACAUCAAAGAAAAAGAGAAUUUCAACAAGUGUUAAAUAUGGAAAAGAGCCAGAGAGGGCUGUGGGCUUUGAAAAAAAAGCAAAUAAGUAGUGGUGUGUGUUGGCAAAGAGAAGUGAAAAGGUGAAGGGAAGGAGAGAAUUUAUGGUGGAGGAAGUUGGUAUGAAGUUUUCCUCUAAAGAUGCCCGGCAGAGGAAAGAAGGACUGAAAGCCCAGGCCCCUAGGGAUGAGGCAGGGCUGGGGCUGGAACUGCACAGGACAAAGCAACAGAGCUCAACACAGGAAUUUUUUUUAACUGACCCAGAUUUUCAUAUUUUGGGACCAAAGACAACUGCAGAGUUUAAUGAUCCUUUAAAUUGCAAAGAUCCUAAUCCUUGUAUUGCCUUUGGUAUAAGAUAGCACAAAUGACAAGGAUCAUGAUAGAAUUAGUGUCAGUUUUUGAGCCAAGUAACAAAAACCAUUUUAGAAACCAGAUUAAUAAAUUUUUAUGUUGCAGAAAUACUGUCAUUAAUUAACCAGCUUCACCUUUCUUUUCUCUUUGCCUUUUUGAGACAGGGUCUCUCUGUAACCCCAGCUAGCCUGGAACUUGCUACUGUAGACCAGGCUGGCCUUGAACUCAGAGAGAUCUGCCUGCCUCUGCCUCUAGAGUGCUAGGACUAAAGGCUUGUGCCACCACACAGUUCACCUUUUUUAUCAACUACAGGGCAAAUACAGAAACUUUAUAGUAACAUAUCAGUCCACAAAAGAUAGUAAGUAACCUAACAGCUAGCAUUAUGACCUGCUUUUCUUUGUAUACUGGAAUCCAAUGCCCCAUCCUGAGAAAUGUUUUACUUGGGUCUGUGGGGAUACAGAGGGCAAGUUAAAGGGCUAUGGGGUAAAGUUAAGGUUAAAAACAAAGACAGUAAGAUGAAGGAAAGGGAGAGCAGAAGAGCUCUGCAGAUAAGAACCACUGCACUGAAACCACAGAACCCAGCACCAUCCAAAGAGGCCCAAAUUAGCAAAGGAAAGGGCUCCACACCAUAUAACCCAUUUUCUUUUGUUGUUUUUAAGCUAGACUGGUCUGGAACUCACCAGCUCAAGAUAGUCUCCCCACUUCAGCAGGUCCCCCCCAAAGUGUUGGGAUUACAGGCAUGAGCCACUCAGUACAGCUGGCCAUAUAACUACACUUUUUUGUGGGGGAAGGGGUUGUUUUUGAGACAAGGUCUCACUAAGUAGUCCUGGCUGGCCCAGAACUCAGGCCAGGCCAGACUCAAACUCAUAGAAAUGUACCUGCCUCUGGCUCUCCACUGCUGGGAUUAAAGGCAUUGAGUGACCUGGCCCGGAAAGAUAACUAAUCUUAAUAACCUAAAUUUAGAUUUUCAAAUCUAACAUCAAAUACUGAUAUUCAACUUUUCAGUUUUUAUUUUGUUUAAGAACUCAAUAUGACUAAAUUUUUUUGUCUCACUUUGUAGCCCAGGUUGGCUCAUCCUAGUGGCAGGCUACCUGCUGGACCAGUCAUCUGGAAACAAGCUUACCACUGCUAACUUUGAGGACGAGGUGUGUGUGGGGAACUGAAUGCAGCUGGCUACUAUGGCAGCCACAGACCACUUCGCUUUUACCCCAUCCACUACCUUUGCUCACUCAGGCCUCCGGAGUUGGCCAGUCCUACCCUUCCAUCUGCUGAGCUGCUUGCGGGAUCCUUAGCUCUCUGAGGCUCAGCCAGAGCCCUCAGACGCCUCACCAUCUGCCUUCCGGGUUCCUGGCCCCUCCUUUCAGUGCAAGCUUUGUAGGGUCUGUCCCUUGCCCUCACCCUCAAGUUUCUCAGGGGUUCUCCCACUGUCUCCAUUCAACCCCAGGUAGGUAGGUAUUCAGGUGCUUUGCAUUUUGCGCUGCGGUGCCACCUGGGCAGAAAGGCCCUCGGAAACCCCUUCUCUGACUCUUCUGGGCUCUUCCUUGACCCUCCCCUCCAGGGGCAGCAGUCUCCAAAUUUCCCAGAGACAUGGAACCCCAAAGGCCAUCCUCUGUCCCUCCAGGCCCAGGCGGGCAGGGGUCGGGGGUGACUCAAUCGAGGGAGGGCGGGCGCCGGCCAGGGGCCGGAAUGCGCUCACUUCCUCACCCCAAGCACCUGCCUGUUUCGCUGGAGCACUGCCUGGACUGGCCUCCGGCGGAUGUUUUCCUGUCCCUGCGCUGGCAGCGCAUGCCAACAGUCCCCCACCCACCCACUUUCAGCCCCGUCCUGCCCCCUGCCCCAAAGGCCUCUCUUCUGGGACUCUGAAGGCUGGGCUCUAACCACCGCCACCCCUACACAAAGAUAGCAAAGCACAAACCGUCAACCAACUCCACACUGCCCCCCAACCUCCAGGAGAGAAAUCCUGCUCCAACGUGCCUCUUGCCACUCCUACUCUACAAGUCUGCUUCAUCUGCAUUCCCGGAGGCUAAGCCUUGCUUCUGCAGUUACAACCCUCACACACAAAUGCCCACUGGAUCCUCUUCCAACAGCCACCAACUCCCCACUCUCUCUAGCUUCCCACCAGCAUCUAGUUCCUAGUUACUCCAGAAGAUAGUCUGUGCCCAGCCUUCAGAGUGUCAGGUAGGAUCCCCCUAAGGCAGUAGAGUUAUUGACUAGUGAGUGACCAGACUUACAAGCUUAGUGCUAGACAGACCCUCUAAUUAACUACCCCCUCCCCCAACCAACGCCCCUCCAAGCCAAGCAAGCAAUCAAGGCCAUGCCUCCACAUAGCAGCCUACCUGGUAGGCACACCCUUCUACAUUGAUUUCCUUUGUUUUUUAUCGUGACACUUCUAAAAGGGAAUCCUGUUUUAUCCCCUCAACCCCCUUGGGAGUACUUGGGCUGGAAUCUAGGGCAUUGUACAAGAUGGGCAAGCACUGAGCUUCAUCCCCAGCCAAGGGAAAAGGUACUUUGGGAAGACAGCUAGGGAGGUAGAGGUGCACUACUGACAGUGGUUUCUGAAGAGUUGACAGGCAGAGAGCCUUUGAAGUCUGCUAGAAGUAGCUCUAUCUCCUAUACUGGGGAUGAAGCGUGAGAUUUUCCGUGAAUGGGACUCUAGACUUGGAUGAAAACUAGAACAAAUGUCUUGUGGGCAGGAGGGAAUGGUUGCAACAGUAGUUAAGGCUUUGAAAUGUGGGAAAGUAAAAGAAAUCCAGCUUGCCUAGGCCUUUUAGUACCAGGUAUAACUAGCAUCAGAGUGUUCAAAAAAGGAGACUUGAGAGUCCACAAGACAUGGGUGAGAACCCUGAGAAAAUGCAGCAUCCUAUAGUGAAGAGGGCACUAGAACAUGGUCCCUCUCCCUAAGGCAGAGACAAAGGCACGAAGUGGGAAACAAAGUUUUAUCAGCAAUACCACCUUUCAGACCAGAUAUAAGGAAUUCAAGAAAUCAAGGACUGAAGCCAAAAUGCUCCCAGGGCCAUCUAGUUUUUGAACAGGGUGGUAGAGAUGACUUGGAACAUGUACGUGGAAAGGUCAGAAGUUGGACAGGAGAGUGUAACCCACAACAGAAGCCCUCAGCAGUGUGGAGCUGCUCAACGCCAUGCAAAGAACAAACAUUUUUUUGUCUUUGAGCUUUAGCCUUAAUCUCAGUGGGUGGCAUCUUCUGAGGAUCGCACGCAUGCCAAAGAUGGUGCUAAGACCAGCCCAUGUGCUAUCUCAUGACAAGUCUAUGAGUUGGCAUUUCUACCCUCAAUUUAUAGAUGAGGAAGUAGGAUGAGAGGUGACAUGCUUUGUACAAGGUCACAUAACUAGUAAGUGAUCUGAAUCCAGCACUCUGUCUCUAGUCCUACAGAACCUCUCAAAAAGAUGCUGAAGACUAACAUUCAUGAACCCACAUUCCAUCAGGAGAGACAUCACUGUGAAAGUGGGGUGACUCCUGUUAGGACACAUGGAGAUGCUUCUCUUGGGCCAGAAGCAUUGCCAGAGAUGGGACAAUCUUGCAUCUGUUUUGUUUGAGGGUGAUAAAUACUAGAUAAUCUUUAGAUACUUGUGGAAGAACCUCUGCCCCUACAUCCUUCAGGGUAGCCAUUUCUCAGAUGUAUCAGGGAAACCUAGGCUCAGAUCUGAAGGAAAACACUCCACUCCAGAUGCCCACUUGCUCUCCUGGAGCCUCUGGCUGUUGCACCCUGCUGCAACUCCUUGGUUUGGCUGGGGCACAGGAUUAGCCAUCCCCAGGAAAUGCCUCCCUCCGGUUCAGGCAGGGAUCCCAGCACACACACCCCUGGUGGUGGUGGAGGGAGGGCUGAUGGAAUGCUUCCCCUAGGCAGGUCAAGGAGAUGUGGGGACCACCUGGGGCCUUCACCCCUCCCACCUCCUUGCUGGGAAGUGCCCAGUCCAGCGGCCCCUUCCAUGGCCACCUCCCUCCCUCUAGCUGUGUGGGGGCAUGAAUCAGCUCUCACAGCUUGUUAAAAGCUGGACCUCUUGUUUUCAUGCCCUCACCUCAGGAAACAGAGUUAUAGCACUUCCAGUUCUACUCAGCAGGGGGUCAGGGUCCUCACUUUAAAAACAUCCUCGCCUGUGAGAGUGAGGGCACUGAGAUGGUGUGAGACAGGAGCCCAAGGAGAAAGAGAGAGACUAAAGGGUAAAGGAACAAGGCAAAGAAAAGCAAGGGGGUAAGACCAGAGGAGGCUGAAGAAAGAGCUAAGAAGGGGCUGAGCAGCAGGCAGGAAUGGCUCUAAGGAUGCUCUGGGCUCGGGCUCAACAAGCCAAGGGGAUCCUGCCAGGCUGGAGGAUCAUCUGCUUGGUGGUGUCUCUGCUCCUGCAGCACCCAGGAGUUCACAGCAAGUGUUACUUCCAAGCUCAAGCUCCCUGUCACUAUGAGGGGAAAUACUUCACCCUUGGUGAAUCUUGGCUCCGCAAGGACUGUUUUCAUUGUACCUGUCUGCAUCCUGUUGGUGUGGGCUGCUGUGACACGUCUCAGCACCCCAUUGACUUCCCUGCUGAGUGUGAAGUCCGCCAGGAGGCAGGAACCUGUCAGUUUUCCCUGGUGCAAAAAUCUGACCCUCGGCUGCCCUGCAAAGGGGGAGGACCCGACCUAGAAUGGGGCUCAGCUAGCACCCCUGUUCAUGGGGCUCCUGCUCCCACCAGCUAACUGAUCACACAUCUGCUGACUGCUGCUUCCACUUC